UUGAUUGCGAGUACAAACAGAGGUUACAAGGCUAUCCAUUUGUUUGGUGGGGCUACCAGCGUGUUGUUGAGGGACGGCAUGACCAGAGCACUGGUUGUGAGUUUUAAUUCCGCCAAGAGAGCUUCUGAGUUGAAGUUCUUCUUGGAGGACCCUGAAAAUUUUGAGACACUUUCCAUCAUCUUUAACAGGUCUAGUAGAUUUGCCAGGCUCCAGGGUAUUCAGUGCGCGAUUGCUGGAAAGAAAGUGUAUAUCAGAUUUACCUACAGCACGGGAGACGCCAUGAGGAUGAACAUGGUUUCAAAAGGAGUUCAGAAUGUUCUUGAUUUCCUUCAAAACGACUUUGAUGACAUGGAUGUUAUUGGCAUAUCUGGUUAGUUUUUUUUUUUUUUUGGAUUAUUAUAUUUAUAUUUUUAGACCAUUUAGUCACUUUUCUUUCUUGUGAACUUGUCAAAUUUUUCUUCAACCUGAGUUGUUGCUGCUGUUCCUUUUUUCAGUUAUGUACAGUAAUACACCCCCUAUAUUCAUAUCCCUUGAAGAUGAACUCAAGGAAAAUAAAACAUUUAAAUAAUCAAAUAAUGAAAUAGUUUAAUUUGACAAU